AUGUUUUCUAUUUUUCAAAACAAACCUCAACCUCGAAAAAUUAUAAAAAUAUCAAAUAAUAACAAUUGCAAUAAACGAAAAAGAGAUAUUACUGAUGAUAUUAUUGAAACAUUGAGUAAAAAAUACAAAAAUAUAGAUUUUUUUGAACGUGAAAAUUUUUCUAAACUUUUAAAUAAUUCGUUAAAAAGACAACAAAUAUAUGAUU